UUCCGACGGAAUUUUGUGUCCGUCGGAAGAUUUCCGUCGGAAUCUGGCCUUUUUCUUGUGUGUAUGAGUUCUUUUCCCCAAAGCCUACAAACUUUGGUGGAUCGGAACUUGAUUUAAUAUAAUUUCGCUCGCUUUGCUUAAAAAAAAAAUAUAAUACUCUUCCUACGUCUUUGGAAUUGUUUACAUGUUAUAUACUCACACUUACUAUAAUUCUUAUUGGAGAACACCUUGUGGAAGUCUGCUUAGUUUUGACUUUCGCUAAGAUCUAAAAAAGUCAACUCUUCCUUGCCUUAAUCAAUGAAGAUUCCCAAUCAUGGUGUUCAUACAGCUAUCUCCUCCAUGUUUCUCUCGCAAUUCCAACUAUGAAGAUCAUGCUUAUUGGAUCCAGCUGGCCGCUUAUUUGGUAUACUUCUGGGUGAGAGACAAAGUAAACACCCAGCUAGUAAGAGAUUUUUUCAACUUGGAAUCCGUCUUAGAUUUUUACUGCUGAUUUGAUUGUAUAUGUGAGUUGAACGGGAGUUGUGAAUCGUGAGGGUGGGCUGGUGGAGAUGGCUGAAUCCGCGGUGUCCUUUGCUGCACAGCACAUCGAUACCUUGAUUCUUGAAGAUUCCAAGGUUUAUAUGAUGUGGAGUCUGAAGCAAAAAACCUGCACAAAGAGCUGAGGAAAUUGGAGGAGUUCCUUGAUUCAGUAAGAAACAAGGAACCGAGAAACAUUGAGCAGGUUCUGUCCUCACUGGCUGAUCUUGGAAGGAUUGCUUAUAAUGCUGAGGAUGUUGUGGAUACGUUUGUAUCCGAAACUGAAGGCAAGGUGUUUAGAAGCCUGAUGCCACGCGGCCUAUUCAAGUCCUCUCGGGUCCAACAGGCCUCCAACAAGAUCCAGAUGCUCCUAGAGCAGAUGAAAGAGGUAAAGACGAAGUUGAAAGAUCAGUAUGAUCAUGAGCAUGGUGAAGGAUCGUCGAAAAACCCCAAGAAGAAAUUGAGGGAGGCACAAGUCCAUGGUGCUUUGGCAUUCCAGCAGGCUCAUCUCCAAGCUGAUGAUGAUUUUGUCAUUGGCAUUGAUGAAGAUGUGGAUAGGCUGAUCAAAUUAUUAGUCGGUAAAGUUGAUGACCAUGGCCAUAGUCGCUGUCCAACCAGCUCACAGCAGGUUGAUGUGCUUGCCAUUGUAGGAAUGGGAGGUUCUGGCAAAACUACCAUAGCUAGGAACAUCUACAAACACCAGAAGAUCACUAAGCAUUUCAAGAAACAGGCAUGGGUACCGCUCUCUAAAGAGUGGGAGUGGAGCCCAUAUCAUGAGAAAGUGCUGAUGUCCGAACUUCUAAGACAAUUGGCAGCCAGUGGAACUGGAAAUAAACUCCUCGGAGGCGUUGCUUCCACAAUAAUUUAUGAUCACGAGCAAGCAAACGAUGAGUCUAAUGAGGUCUUUAUGUUGACCAAGUCACGGCUCCAAUAUCUAAUGAGCAAAAUAACGUGCCUAAUUGUGUUGGACGAUGUGUGGCACUGGGAAUAUUUCCAGAAGAUCCUCCACAACUUAUUAAUCAGUGAGGAUGAAUCUUCUAGUGUCUUUACUACUGCUGGCACCAAGAUAGUAAUCACUACUCGACAGCAUCUGCAGCUCUCUGCAGACACCAACUUGAAUUGGCAAUGCCAUUACACACGAUUCCUCAGCGAUGAGGAUAGCUGGAAGUUGUUUAACGAGAUGACUAAAAGCAGCAAAAGAGAGCUAGCUAAGGAGCACCGGGGUUUGGCUAUGGAGAUGCUAGGGACAUGCAAAGGUCUGCCAUUAGCUAUAGUGGCAUUAGGCAGACUCCUUAAGAUAAAGGACACUAUCCAGGAAUGGGAAAGGGUGUUUUCUCAUUUAGACGGUGAAGAAGGCACGCAUCUAUAUAGGCCAGUAAAUGAUAUCUUGGCGUUGAGCUAUGAUGAGUUGCCAUAUUACUUAAAGCCUUGCUUUCUAUACUUGGGACUCCUAGCCGAAGAUUCCACCAUCUCUGCUGGGUCACUGAAGAGAAUGUGGAUCGCUGAAGGAUUUGUUAAACCCCAAACAAAAAUCAAUGAAACGCCUGAAGAUGCAGCAAAUCGACUCUUGCAGGAACUAGUAGAGCACACCAUGGUUCAAGUUGUGACCAAGACUUAUGCUGGAAAAGUAAAGACUCUCCGGGUUCAUGAUAUAAUGAGGGACCUUUGUAUCCUGAAAGCCCAAGAGCUAGACUUCCUCACCAUUUUUGCUUCAGAUGCUGAUCAAGGCACCGGGACUCAUUCAUCACGCCGAGCUGCUAUCAACUUCAGCAAAUGUUCCAAACCCCUUUCAGCUGAUAACUCUCAUCUUAGAUCAUUGCUGCUUUUUGUGCAAUUCAGUGCUGGUGUAGGAGUUGGCAAACAUGUUAGUAGAGUGAGCCGGCAAGGUAAAUUAGACCUUGCCUUAGUAUGCGAAAAGUUCAAAUUGCUAAGGGUCUUGGAUAUCAUUGGAGUUAAAACCUUGGAUAGCACCAUGCCAAAAGAAAUAGGCAACUUAAUUCACUUGAGGUAUCUAAGGGUAAGAUCAACAAACAUACGAGAACUCCCCAAGUCUAUUGGGAAAUUGCGCAAGUUAUUGACCUUAGAUUAUUGGGAUACAUCAGCUCAUAAUAAUGAAGUAAUAAUACCUAAUGUCUUGUCAAAGUUGGAGCGUCUUCGACAUCUUUUCCUUCCGGGUGAUUCAACAAGUAACACAUUGGAGGACUUGAAGUUGGACACUCUCAAAGAGCUACAAACGUUAAAAUGCCUUCGCCACUUAACCCUUCGGGAAAUCCCAAAAAUGGAGAGUCUCCCGGAGGGGCUGAAGCACGUCCAAAGUCUCAGAUCACUGUGGAUAUCAGCAUGCCCUGCCUUGAAAGAACUGCCAGAGUGGAUUGAUGCUCUGACGGCACUUCAGCACAUUCGUAUUGAAAGCUGCCGGCAUCUAACAAGACUACCAGAAGGGCUACAAAAAGUAACAUCUCUAAUGAAAGUUGAGAUUACCGAGUGUCCAGAACUGAUGGAACGCUGCAGAGAAUACACAGGGGAAGACUGGUACAAGAUCAAACAUGCUCAGGUUUUGCUCCACAAAUCAUGGCGCUAUGGACUCAUGUCAGAGCUAGAAACCUCAAAAAACAGAUCUAAUGUACGGACACUCACUGAUGUUAAAUACUUCAUUGUUCCCUUGAUAGCAGCAGAAGCCUUGGUCUGACAUUACACAUGAAAUGCAAAGACUGCACACUGUCAAAUGUUGAUGCAUCAAAAGAGAAAUACAUACCAGCAUUCGCAGACGGUAUAAACGCCAUUACUUGAGGCUUUCAGAGCUAUAGCAACAGCAACACUUGUUACACUUUCUCUGACGCUUCAUUGACAAACUGAGUGUCAACAAUGUCAUAGCAUAAUUUACUUCAGUAAUCAAUAUUUUUCUUGACUC